AUGGCGCAUCUCCUUUCAUCGUCGGCCCCUAUCCCUGGCAGCACGCCCCUAUCCCACCACCUUCCAACCCACACCCGCCACCAUCCCUGGCACACGCACACGCAUACACCCACCCCGCCCUCAUACUACGUUGUCACCGACGGGCUCCUCCCGCUCCUCUUCGUCGUCGCCAUUUUUGUCAUCGCGUUCGCGACGGCGUGCCACAUCUGCCGCCAGCGCCUCGGGCGGCAGCAGGACGCGGUCACGUUCGAGAACAUGACGCCGCCGUACGUGUACUCCGCGGGCGGCGCGGGUGUAACGCCAAAGCCGGGGUGGAAGGAGCGGCAAGCAGACAUCCACAGCCUCGCGUCCGAAAAGACGCUCGCCGGCGACAAAUCCCCCAAGAGCAGCACCUUCGAGUCCCUGCCCAUGCUCCCCACCACGGCGUACACCAAGUCUCCGCUCUCCAACCCCCCGUACUCCCCCGCGCCCGACUAUCAUCAACAGGCGAACGCGUACCACUACGGCGACACUAAGAGGAUACGGCCGGGCGACGUCUACACGCCGCUGCCGCCCCGUAUCAGCAGCCGACACCAGAGCGCAGAGAGCGGCGGCGUUGAUGCUCAGUCUCCGGGCGUCGGCGGAUUGGCGGGCGAGGUUACGACACCGCUGCCUGUGUAUCGUCGCUAGCUAAGCUUGAUACUGUAGCUCGCGUUUUUUUCUUGGCCUUGUGUUCAAAGAGGUUAUGGCCGUGUGCUCGUCUCCGAUCUGUAGCAAUCUAUCGCUGCUGCGUUCUUUCUUGAUUUUGUGUUCGUCCUUGAACGUUUAUCUCGGUGGCUCGCUGGAUUGGCUCUGUAGUC